AUGCAUCAUUUUGGCUGUGGCCGCUUGCUGUUCUUGUCCCGUAUUACUAAUCAGUAUCCGCUUCUUUCGUUUCUAGAGCUUGCUAAAUGUUCUGGCGAAGCACGCGGUAUUCGUGUCCAGUGCCUUGGUACGCGAUUGAUCAGCUUAUCAAAAAAGUACACUACCGCGCCACAGUAUUUUCCUCUUGAAACGAUUCUGCGGAUGUUGCUAAGUCGAGGGAUACAGGAAGGUUUCGCACCCUCGUUCUUCAACAUUCUUGUAGCAAUGAUGAAGGCACCACUGAACACCGUGAUCGAUGCUCUGGCAAACGCUUUCAGGAAAGAUCCAUUCUAUCAAAAAAAUAGUGCGGCAUCCAAGUAUUUAAUGCAAACGUCCUUUCAUGUCAUGAAAGAUUUCGUUGAAAACUCGUCGUUGAACUCGUUCGAUCGAAGGUAA